CAGCUGACACACGGGCCGGCCGGCCAGCAGCUUCCCUGCCGGCGCGCCCGUCCCCACCUCGGCCCCCGGCUCCUCUGUCGCCUUCAGCCCUCCGGUCCCCGCCUCCUCUUCCAUCCCUCGUUCUCCAUCCCCCCUGCUUUCAUCCCUCCUUCUCCUUCUCCCUAUCCCUCAUCUCUUCUCCCAUCCCUCCGUCCUCUGCCUUCUCUCCAUCCCUCUCUUCUCCCUCCCUCCUCUCCAUCCCUUCUCUCCUUCCAUCCUACCUUCUCUCUCCCAUCCCUCCAUCCUCUGCCUUCUCUCCAUCCCUUCUCUUCUCCCUUCCCUCCGUCCUCUGCCUUCUCUCCAUCCCUCUCUCCUCUCUCCCUUCCUUCUCUCUCCCAUCCCUCCAUCCCCGGCCUCCUUCUCUCCAUCCUCCCAUCUCUCCAUCUCUUCUCUCCCUCUGUCCCCCGCUUUCUCCCCCUCCCUCUGUUCUGGGCAUCCCUUCUGCCUCCUCCAUCCAUUCAGUCCCUCCCUUCCCUCCGUCCCCCCUUUCCUCUUUCUGUCUUUCUUCCCCCCCGGCACCACUCCCGCCCGGGGCUGGGGGGCCCAGGUGGGGCCAUGGCGCUGGUCACCUCGCCCACCGAGCUGGAAUGCCUGGCCAAGCCGCUGUUCUGCCGCAAGGGGGCGCUGCGCCAGAAGGUGAUCCACGAGGUCAAGAGCCACAAAUUCACGGCGCGAUUCUUCAAGCAGCCCACGUUCUGCAGCCACUGCACCGACUUCAUCUGGGGGAUUGGGAAGCAGGGACUGCAGUGUCUAGUCUGCAGCUUCGUUGUACACAAACGGUGCCAUGAGUUUGUCACCUUCGAAUGCCCAGGAGCCGGGAAAGGACCCCAGACAGAUGACCCCCGGAGCAAGCACAAGUUCAAGAUCCACAGCUACAGCAGCCCGACUUUCUGCGACCACUGCGGCUCCCUGCUCUAUGGGCUGGUGCACCAGGGCAUGAAGUGCUCCUGCUGCGAGAUGAGCGUGCACAAGCGCUGUGUGCAGCGUGUGCCCAGCCUGUGCGGGGUGGAUCACACCGAGCGCCGGGGCCGCCUGCAGCUCCGCAUCGAGAGGCUCGGCGGGGAGGAGAUCCGCGUCUUCGUGGGUGAGGCCCGGAACCUCAUCCCCAUGGACCCCAACGGGCUGUCGGACCCCUAUGUGAAGCUGAAGCUCAUCCCGGACCCCAAGAACGUGAGCAAGCAGAAAACCCGGACUGUGAAAUCCACUCUGAACCCCGUGUGGAACGAGACCUUCCUAUUCACGCUGAUGCCAGGAGACAUGGAGCGGCGGCUGUCCGUCGAGGUGUGGGAUUGGGACCGCACCUCGCGCAAUGACUUCAUGGGAGCCAUGUCCUUCGGCGUGUCGGAGCUGCUCAAGGGACACGCGAACGGAUGGUACAAGUUACUCAACCAGGAGGAAGGGGAGUAUUACAAUGUCCCCGUGGCUGAUGCUGAAAAUUGUGAGCUGCUGCAGAAAUUUGAGGCCUGUAACUACCCGCUGGAGCUGUACCAGAAGGUGCGCCACGGCCCGGGCCCCUCGCCCACCCCCAGCCCCAGCCCCACAGACUCCAAGCACGGCAGCUUCUUCGGGACCAGCCGCUUCCACAUCUCCGACUUCAACUUCCUCAUGGUGCUGGGGAAGGGCAGCUUUGGGAAGGUGAUGCUGGCCGAGCGGCGGGGCACGGAUGAGCUCUACGCCAUCAAGAUCCUGAAGAAGGACGUGAUCAUCCAGGAUGACGACGUGGAAUGUACCAUGGUGGAGAAGCGGGUCCUGGCGCUGAGCGACCGGCCGCACUUCCUCACCCAGCUGCACUCCACCUUCCAGACCACGGACCGGCUCUAUUUUGUGAUGGAGUACGUCAAUGGCGGAGACCUCAUGUACCACAUCCAGCAGGUCGGGAAGUUCAAGGAGCCUCAUGCCAUGUUCUACGCCGCAGAGAUCGCCAUCGGCCUCUUCUUCCUGCACAACAAGGGCAUCAUCUAUCGGGAUCUGAAGCUGGAUAACGUGAUGCUGGAUGCCGAGGGCCACAUUAAGAUCACGGACUUUGGGAUGUGCAAAGAGAACAUCUUCCCUGGAGUGACCACCCGAACCUUCUGCGGGACCCCCGACUACAUCGCCCCGGAGAUAAUCGCCUACCAGCCCUACGGGAAGUCGGUGGAUUGGUGGUCCUUCGGGGUGCUGCUCUAUGAGAUGCUAGCAGGGCAGCCCCCCUUUGAUGGGGAAGACGAGGAUGAGUUGUUCCAGGCAAUCAUGGAGCACACGGUGUCCUACCCGAAGUCGUUGUCCCGUGAGGCCGUCUCCAUCUGCAAAGGGUUCCUUACCAAGCACCCCCUGAAACGCCUUGGCUCGGGGCCGGCCGGGGAGCAGGACAUCCGGGAACACGGCUUUUUCCGCUGGAUGGACUGGGAAAGCUUGGAGCGCCUGGAAAUCCCGCCGCCCUUCACCCCCCGCCCAUGUGGGAGGAGCGGCGAGAACUUUGACAAGUUUUUCACGCGGGCGGUGCCCGCGCUGACCCCCCCGGACCAGCUGGUCAUGGCAGGGCUGGACCAGAGCGAAUUCCAGGGCUUCACCUACAUCAACCCUGACUUCGUGCACCUCUCGCUGCGCCCCCCCACCUCCCCCAUCUCCAUGGUCUGACUCACCGGCUCCCCCAUGGCUUAACCGGCCCGCAACCUGAGUGCUUCCCCCCAAUCUACCCCCCACAUGGUCUGACCCGCCCCCCCCCGGGUUGUGUGCACAGAAAUGCAACCUCCUCUGGGGUUGGGUGCAGGGGCUGGGUAUAGGGGGACCCCUCACCCGCCCCUAGUUAAUGGCUACGCAGCAAAUCCGCAAAAGAAGUUUGGGACAGGAAAUGAAAGAGAAUCUCGCACCCAAACACAACCACGGGCCGGAUUUCAGACGGCACCACCUGCAAGAGGAGAGUGUCCCCUAUUGAGCCCCCUGCUCCCUGCAGCCCAGCGCCCCCCUAGCACCACCCUGGGGCUUCGGGGCCAGCCCUGCCUGCCUGGGAAGAGCGCCCCCUGCCGAUCCCCCUGCAGCCCAGCACCCCCUCGUGCUGCCUUGGGGCUUCAGGGCCAGCCCUGCCUGCCCAAGAAGAGCGCCCCCUACUGAUCCCCCUGCUCCCUGCAGCCCAAGGCCCCCUAGCACCACCCUGGGGCUUAGGGGCCAGCCCUGCCUGCCGGGGUAGUGGGCCCCCUGCACUAAAUAGCUUUGAACAUGUACAUAACUCUGGGGGCGGGGAGAGAGCUUGAAGGUUGGGGGGGACAAUUGCUGCUUCCUCAGUCUCCCCUUAACACACCCCCCCGCAACAUAUAGACCCCCUUCUCUGGUGCAUGGAGUACAUAUAUCUGCACAUCUAUAUUUACAGCUGUAAUGCACAGGCCAAUCCCCCGCGGCUUUCCCCAUCUGUGCCCCACCCCGCCAACGGGCUGGGGCUGGGGCCCAGGGUAUCAGAGUCUCAGACAAUCCCCAGGCUGGGGGAGACACCCACUUCCCAGCCUCAGGCUUGGUGUGGGGCGAGGGUUCACCUGGAAGAGGUGAAGAGAAUGGCGGGACCAGGACUGCUGGUCCUGGCUCUGGGAGGAGAGUGGGGUCUAGUGGUUAGAGCCAUAGGGAGCAGGCUGUUAAUCAGGGCCCCCCUGCUCUACUCAGCAGACCCCACUCCCCUCCCAAAGCUGGGGAGAGAACCCAGGUGUCCGGGCUCCCUGCCCUUCCUGCAGGAUCAGAGGAUUCCAAGGGAGGGGAGCUGUUGUCCUGAGAUGAGCCCACUCCUAUCCCAUGAGGGGGCGGGGGUCUGUUCUUGGUCCCUGCUCCCCCCUGUUCACUCAUUCAGUCCAGCCCUGGUCUGAGUCUUUUACCCCCACGGUCUAAAAGUGCCCCCCCCCCGCUCUGAGCACCCAGCUCUGUGUCCGGAUGUGAAGAGCCCGGCUGAGCGCCGCAGUUCAGUAUAAAAGGUAUUUAUCCAA